AUGAGCGGGAGCGCGACAUCCAUCCCUCCCCCUCUCAGCCAAGGCGUCGGAUACGGCAUCACCGUCGGCGUCGGUGCCGCCUUUGCCAUUGCCAUGAUCGGCAUAACCGCCCUCCUCAAGCGUUUCACCGGUGAAAACAAUGGCCACUUCGAAACUUACUCCACAGCAGGACGAAACGUCGGUGUAGGCCUGGUGUGCGUAGCCGUCAUCUCCUCGUGGGGAUGGCCUACAGCACUGCUCAGCUCGAGCGUGGUGACGUACGAUUAUGGUGUUUCGGGGGCAUUUUGGUUUGCCAGUGGAUGCCUAGUGCAGAUUUCAUUCUUCUCACUCAUUGCAAUCCAGUCGAAGCUUCGGGCGCCGCAUGCACACACCUCCCUUGAGCUGGUCAAGGUGAGAUAUGGAGCAGUGGCGCAUUGGUUGUACAUGUUCUUGUGUCUAGCGAACAAUUUGAUUGCUAUAGUGAACAUGUUCCUCGGCGCAUCUGCCACCAUCUCAGCGCUCACGGGGAUGAACACCGUCGCCUCCAUCUUCCUUCUACCCGUAGGCGUCGUCGUCUACACCGUGUACGGCGGUCUUCGCGCAACAUUCAUCACCGAUUACCUACACACCGUCUGUCUGCUUAUCAUCGUCACCUACCUCUCCCUCAAGACGAUCACAAAUGACCAAGUUCAAUCCCCUCGACAUCUCUUUGACCUGGUCAAUCAGGCCGCACUCGCCACGCCCGUCUCGGGCAAUAAAGACGGCUCCUACUUUACCAUGUCCAGCAAGAGUGGAGUCCUGUUUGGCCUCCUGCACACCUUGGGUAAUUUUGGCCUAGUGAUCAUGGACAGCUCCUACUGGCAAAAGGGCUUCAGCGCAAACCAGGCAGCAGCGGUCAGAGGGUACAUCCUCGGUGGGAUCCUUUACUUUGCCAUGCCAUUUGUCCUGGGCACCACAAUGGGACUUGCGGCGGUGGGCCUGGGCACGAACCCCAUCUGGCCCACCUAUGGUCGAGCAUUGAGCAUGACAGAGCUCAACGAUGGUCUGCCUCUGGCUUACACGGCCUAUGCCACUGCUGGCAAGGGCGGUGCAGUAGCUGUCGUGUUGCUAAUUUUCAUGGCUUGUACAAGCACCUGCAGUGCUCAAAUCGUAGCAGUGUCGAGUAUCGUCAGCUCUGAUCUUUACCAUACCUACAUCAACCCAGCCGCAAGGGACAAGGCGAUCAUCAACGUUUCCCGCCUCGCCUGUGUCCUCUUUGCACUCGUAGGCUGCGCCGUCUCGGCAGUCUUCUGGCGCAUCGGUCUCAACCUUACUUGGACGCUGUACUUUCUGGGCAUCAUCACUACCCCAGGUAUGGUCACUCUUCCACUCACCAUCCUCUGGAAGAAGCAGACGAAGCUGGCCGCCAUCGUCUCGCCCAUUGUGGGAAUCAUGGGCGGUCUAGCUACCUGGAUCUCCACCUCUUACGUCUACGGCAAUGGAGAAAUCAGCGUCACCACCACGGGCGCUCUGUUGCCCUGUCUGUGGGGCACCGUCGUCUCCUCGUGCGUGCCAGCAAUCCUGACCAUCGUCAUUACAUAUGCCAAGCCGGACGAGCACGACUGGGACUGGUCUGGCUUCAAUAGGAUCAAGCUGGUGCACUACGAGGAUUCUUCGAGUACUCUAGGCGAGAAUGGCGGCGAGAAGAAGAAGCUCGCACCUUCUGCGCCCGACGUUAUACGAGCGGUGCCUGCAGAAGGCGAAGACACGGAAGCCUCUCUAGAGCAGCACGAUGGUGCCGUCACGAGCUUCAGCGACGCCGAGGUUCGCCGCAUGAAUCGCGCCUCCAAGGUAUCUGCAGGAUGGGGCAUCUUCCUCUUCCUGGCCGUGUGGGUGGUCUGGCCCUUUGGGAUGUGGGACUACGUCUUUGACUGGCAAUUCUUCACCGGAUGGGUGGUGGUGUCCUUCAUCUGGAUCUUCAUCACGCUGCUGGUCGCAGUCUUCCUUCCACCUCUGGAGGGCCUACCGUUGCUGUUGCGCAUUGUACGCGGGCUUGUGACGGGGAAGAAGGGUGCAGAGGCAGGAGAUGGUGCGAGGAGGGGAUCAGGACAGACUGAGCUGAUUGGAAAGGAGAGCUCUACUCCUUCGAGCAGCAGCGCGUGA